AUGGUGUACCACGCACGAUAUAAGCGCCGCCCUCAACCCACCUUCAAUCAGCCUUUCCAUCUCGCAGAGCCCAACGUCCCCACAAUCCGUCAUUCUCAUAGGCUUGAACCGCCGCUCCCAAGUUCACGAAAACGAGAACGAGAACGUUCAGCGCAGCGCCAACCAAACGAAACGUCACAGCCUAGAUUGAAAAAGCAGAGGCUCAGCCAUUCUAGUGGUUCUCAACCACCAGCAGCAUUUUGGGACAACUUAUCGAAGAUCUGGUUGACCAAGCAAGCGUUGAGGGAGCUAGACCGAAGAAACAAUCAAGCUGCUCCAAGGCCACCUUGUUCGCCGGUCACUCCAAACUUCGCUGCAAGACGGAAGAAAAACUGCCAAAACGUUCAAUACGCCGCCCACUAUCUUUGCUUCUGCAAGCCGAGGAUUUUGAAAGACAUAAAGUCAUUGGCUAGGCACGGUGGUCCAGACCUGUCGGACCUGAGGAACUUCCCCGAGCCUAUACAUUCGUCGGAACACACGAUGAGCUCGAGCCGGUCGACUUCUAGGAGCCGGCACCAGAGUUCCGCAACUCUUUCAAGCACUAAGCCCACCACGAGUACGACGAAGACAAAGAGCACUGGGGCGUAUAGCCGUAACUUUCACCAACACCUUGUUGAUCACGCAAUUUAUCCUGAUGCAUACGAAUAUCCUGAUGGCAGUGUACCUGCCGAACCAAACAACUGGGAGGAUCUCGUAUUGGCACAACUUCGACCAUCUCUUUCACCAUCGCAAUUUUCCGACGGAAAGUUCAGGGAAUUCAAACGAGCGGAUGCACAUGCCACCAAAGAAAAUCAAGUGUCAGAAUUAGUGAUUCCCAUCAUUGAGGGCAAGAUCAGGGAUGCGAAAUGCCGCUCAGGAGGAAUCCCGUUCAACAACCUCGACCCUCUGACAGAUGGCACGCUCAAGCCCGGCAACCCGGAUGUCUACUACGGCGCCCGCCCAGAACAGCGCAGUCGAGAAAUCCGGGACGAGCUUGGCGGCCAUAUCAUCCCUUCGACGCAGCACGUUCUCCCCCUGGCACCAAAUUUCUUCCUAGCUGCAAAGGGGCCGGAUGGUUCAGCAGCGGUGGCAAAACGGCAAGCUUGUUACGACGGUGCGUUGGGAGCGAGAGGCAUGCACAGCCUUCAGUCACAUGGAAGAGUUGAACCCGUCUAUGACAACAACGCAUAUACGGUAACCUCUACAUAUCAUGAUGGCACUCUCAAGAUGUACACCAGCCACGUAGCUUCGCCAUGCACUCCUGGAGGCCGGCCAGAGUACCAUAUGACCCAGAUCAAUAGUUGGGGAAUGACUGGGAACGCUCGCACCUUCCGGCAAGGUGCAACGGCGUACAGGAACGCAAGGGACUGGUGCAAACACAAGAGGGACGAGGCAAUUAGCCAGGCGAACGAGAGAACAUAUCCUGUGGAAGCUGAGGCAAUGACUAGUGAUGCAGGUGCCAGCCCAGCUCCAAGCUUUGUCACUGCAGUGUCAGAGACAGAGGCUUACGAAUCCGAUAGUUCGAUUGAGGGCUUUGUAAAAUACACGCUCCCGGCCAAACGUUCCAGUAAGCGUUCAAAGCAGACAGGGCGAAAGCGACGCAAGUGA